AGAAAGAUAUCGUCAUGUGGCAGUAUCGGGCGAUCGGCCUUUUGGCCUUGCUACUUGCAGCAUGUGUCCAAGCACGAGAAGUUGAAUUACUGCGUUUGAAGCGUUACAGCGGAGGCUUCGCUUCCAGCAGUGCUAGCAGUUCGGCCAGCGCAAGCUCGUACGGUGGUGGUGGUAGCAGUUACUCCAAAACCAAUUCUCAAGCUGUCGGUAGUGCUUCGGCAGGUGGACAAUCCUCGGCUCUGACAGAUGGUGGAUAUGGAGGCGGUGGUCAUGGUGGUUACGGAGGCGGUGGCGGUGGCCACGGCGGACUCGGAGGUGGCGGUGGACACGGAGGACUUGAAAGUGGCGGUGGUCACGGCGGACUCGGAGGUGGUAGUGGACACGGCGGACUCGGGGGAGGCGGUGGACACGGGGGUGGCAUUGGACACGGUGGUGGCGGCGGUCUAGGAGGUGGCCCUGGCGGUUAUGGAGGUGGUGGCCACGGCGGACUUGGCGGUGGAAGUGGACACGGUGGAUACGGAGGUGGCGGUGGUAGUCAUGGUGGAUAUGGCGGUGGACACAACGGCGGUGGAUACGGAGGUGGCGGUGGUAGUCAUGGUGGAUAUGGCGGUGGACACAGCGGCGGUGGAUAUGGAGGUGGUGGUGAACACGGUGGAUACGGAGGUGGCGGUGGAUACGGAGGAGGCGGGCACGGAGGUGGCCAUAGGGGCGGUGGAUAUGUACUUGGAGGAUAUGGUGGUGAUGGUCAUGGUGGAGGCGGAGUCAGUAAAACUAGUGGAAGUUUAGGAGGUGGUUAUGGUGGAGGUGGGUCUGGUGCCGGUGGCUACGGUGGAAGUAGCGCUGGUGCUGGCAGUUAUGGAGGAAGUGGAAGUCCCGGAGGACACGGUAGUGGUGGUGUCCUCGGAGGAUAUGGUGGUGGUGUUGGUGGUGUUGGUGGUGGGGGUGGUUAUGGCGGGGCUGGUUCUAGUGCAGGUGGUUACGGUGGAGGUGGCCAUGGCACCGGUAGUCACGGUGGAGAUGGCCAUGGUGCUGGUGGUGGUUACGGUGGUGCCGGCAGUUCAGGCGGCGGUUAUGGAGGUGAACGUUAG